UCUGUUAUCAAUAUUGGUGAGCUGUAUUAGUUUGAAACAAUAAAAAUGAACGCUUAUCACGGCAAAGCUUUGCAAUGACUCUGACACGUUGAACGAUUCAAUAGUACGUCAGUGAUUGAUAUCAGUAAGCCAAAGUAAUAUUGAAGUAGACACUUUUUUCAAGUUUUGAUAUUAACAAAGCAAUUUUUAUUUAACGAGCAUCAUGGCCUGCUGUCCAACAAUUUCAUUCAUUAAAAUCUUACAAUUUAUAGUUGUCUGUUGUAUAUUUGGCCUCGAUAUACGGGGUAAAGCAUACUCAGAUUCUUCAAAAAAUGAAACUCUUUUGAAUGAGUUAGUGGAUAAAAUACCAGAGAACAACAUAACGAUUCCACUUUUGAACAUCAAAUUAAAUGCUGAAUCAAUACCGACAGAGUACAUUUCGACUGGCACUGUGGUAGCCUAUUUUAUUAUUAUUUUCGUAUCAUUCAUAAGUGGUUUGUUCGGAUCACCGCUAACUAAACUUCCUAAUGUUACUUUUUGCGCACUUGGAGCUUUUCUUUUCGUUACAUCAGGAUCCUUGCUUAUCAAAGAUUAUCAAAGCAUAAGUUUCGAAACCAUUAAACAGAUAGAUUUAAAAGAAUUAUUUCAAAAUUUGCGUAAUCUAAAUCUUGCAAGAGGGCCUCUAUGUAUUUUUGAAGCUGCCUUACUUCUUCUUGAUGCUCUUUGUAGUUUUCUACCUUGUUAAUUAACAUAAUUUUAUUAAUUAAUUGUAUUUAGAUUUUGUAUAAUAUAUAUAUAAAUUUUUUUCUUCUUUCUUA